UCCAGUCUUGGCCUCGCCUGGUUCCGUCCAUCAGCGCAGUGGGCCGGCGCUGGACGGUAUUUACAUUGAGGGGUUCUGGUCGGGUUCUGGAACUGGUUACCGGAUCUGGUGGAGCACAGAGACCAAAAUUAAUGAGUUGCUGAAAACGAGCGGAGGAGAGGCGGCAUCCGGAACCUCUGUCAGCGCAGAAAAACAGAAUCGAACCUGGAACAUGGCGCCGCUCGGUUUGAAGCUGAUCCUCUUCGGCUUCAUGUGCCUCAGAGUUGAAGGAAGCUGUAGAGUGGAGAACUGCAGCGACCCCCGGACCUGCGUCCUCUCCGCGGACCGGAGGAGCUGCCGCUGCGCCGCCGGACUCUACGGCCCGAACUGCGGACACAGCGCGCAGGUGAAGGUCCUGUGCGGCAGAGACUUCAUGAGCAUCCGGGCCGCCGAGGAUUUCUUCACCUACCUGAAGGUCCCGCUGGAGUCGCUGCAUCUGCCGAACCGGUCGUGCCGGGCCCAGAGGGAGGUGAUCGCCGGGACGCCGUUCUUCAUGUUCCGGACCUCCAGGGAGAAGUACCUGGCCUGCGGAGGGAAACCGCUGCAGAAGAACUCGACCCACCUCCUGUACUCCCUCACGGUCCAAUCAGAACCUCAGGUCAGUGGGAACAUCAUCAGAGACCCGGCCAUUAAAAUGGACUUCACCUGCAUCUACCCGACCCUCCGCAGGGUCAGCCUGCCGUUCCCGGUCCGGCCCAUCUCCAGCCAGACGGUGAUGCAGGUGGAGGAGACGGACGCCACCAUCCAGAUGUUGCUGUUCGCCGACAGCAGCUUCAGCCGGGCCUUCAGCGGCACGCCGACCAUAGAGCUGCGGGACCCGGUGCAUGUGGAGGUCUCCGUGGCCGAGCCGGCAGACUUCUUCCUGCUCCGGGUCGAUGACUGCUGGGCCAGCCAGUCCCCGCAGCCCAACGCCACCGGACUGCUUCACAGCCUCGUCCAGAACGGCUGCGUGGUCGACCCCACCGUGACCUUCCUCCCGCUGGCUGAGGAGCUGGCCGGGCCCAACGGCCGGAGCUCCGGGGUCCGGUUCCGCUUCCAGAUGUUCCGCUUCACCGCUGGACCCGACGAGUUCUACCUGCACUGCAGCGUGCAGCUGUGCGAGCGGGACGACCAGCCGUCCUGCCUGCCGAGCUGUGGCGCCAUCAGCAAGCGGGAAGCCAUCAGGCCGCUUCCCAGCCGUGGUCUGCUGUCCUACGGACCGAUCCGGGUCGAGGUUCUGGACCGGCCCGCGUCCAAUGUUCUGACGGCGGCGGUUCUUCCUGUGGCUGCAGUCUGGACGCUGGGCUUCUUCCUCACCCUCCUCAUCAUCGUGGCCAAGGCCGGCAGGAGGCGGGUCCCCGAACCCGAGGGCCCCUGACGACAAGAAGCUCCAAUAAACCCUCUUUCAUCACUUCCUGUUUUCCUCCUGUUCACAGCAGCUUUUUAUAAAACUCAAUACUUUCAA